GUCUAAUGAAUUUAUUUAUGUAUAAGAGAGUAUUAUGCUAUAACGAAUUAUGUAUACAGGUUGGUGUAUUAAUAAAACAAGUUAAAAAAGAAAUACAACACAAUAUUAAUUUGUCUAUAUACUUUUGUCCACUACUGUAUGUUGUAUAUAUUUUUUCCAGAUUCUCCUUGCACAGAACUACUGACUGCAGCAUCUUCAGCUUUAUGCAAUUUGCUUCUAGAAUUCUCUCCUGCCAAAGAGCCUAUGUUACAGCAAGGUGUUGUACAGUUACUGGCUAACUUAGCAUCAAGAUCGGAGCCUGAUCUUCGGCUGAAUGGGGUAUGGGCAUUAAUGAACCUGGCAUUUAGGGCAGAGCAAAGGGUCAAAUCACAGAUAAUAACUGCACUAGGUACAGAUCAAGUAUUCAGGUUGCUGGCAGAUAGUGACACUAAGGUCCUCAUGAAGACUCUAGGUCUGUUACGCAACUUAGUAUCUCCUAGAGCCCACACAGAUACAAUGAUGGCUUUACAUGGCCCACAAGUGAUGCAAGGAGUGGUAUUAGUAUUAGAAGGAGCUCAUCCACCCGAUGUUAAGGAGCAGGCACUCUGUAUACUGGGAAAUAUAGCGGAUGGAGAAAGAGCAAGAGAGCAUAUCAUGUCCAAUGAAGAUGUUCUGAAGAAGCUCGUAGGAUACAUGACACAUCCCUCAGUUUGCUUACAGGAAUCAGCAGUUUUCUGUAUAAACAACCUUACUAGGAGAGGGGAGCCUGGUUCAAUUGACCGACAAGCAAAAUUAAAAGAGAUGGGAGUGGUCCAGAUUUUACAGCAACUGUUGAGUACGGCGGAUCCUGUAUUGUUUAACAGGGAGAUGAAUAGUGAUUCAAUUUCCAGAGUGAAGGCAGCCCUCACGCAGUUUGCUGACGUCUGAAGUGCUCUCGAAGAUUUCUAAUGUACCUUAAUCCAACUACCAUCCUACGUUUCUUUAUAACCGAUACAGUUUGCUGGAUUUUUAACAUUGUAACUUUGUAUGGUAACCAGUGUUGCCGAACCGAGAAAGACGUAGUCGGUAGUUAGUGUCAUUGGAAUUCGGUAGAUUCAAGGGCAAAAUUGGUAGGAUGAAAAAAUCAGGCCCAAUGCCGGAUCAAGGGGCUUUGUAUCAUUUAACACCGUGUAUGAAAAAAUGAGCAUAUUUUGUAUUGCGCGCGAACAUAUAACCACACAACACGGAUUUUUUAAGAGGAUUUUUUCCUGAAAAAAUAUCAACUCGUUUAUUAAGACUUGUACAAUAAAACUCAUUUGCAAUCAUCUUUGUUUGUUUGUUUGUUUCAGAUUUAUUUAGCAUUAAUGCUACAAUGUCCGUAAUAUCCAUACUACACGGUAUAUAAAUAUAUUAUGACUUCAUGACUACAUAUUUUUAUAUAAAAUUUCACUAUGAAUUCUGGUUUCCCAUGAGAUAUUUUAUCAAUUUCCCUUUGAAGAUUUUCAAACUGGCACACAUCUUGAUAUCAUUACUCAAUUUAUUAAAUUCGUACAAUCCCUUUUGAAAUACUGACUUGCUCGUUAUAUUGCUACUGCAGUUUUGUAAAUGAAAGUCUAUACUUCCUCUAGUAGAAUAAUUGUGGCACUCAUUGUUCAAUACAAUAAAAUUUUCUAAGUGAUUUAGUAGAUGAUUUUUAACUUGAAUAUUAUAAUGAAAACCAAGUAGACUAUGACAUUUUUGAUAAUUAACCAUUGUAGUUCUUUCAGCAUAGAAUUUAUUCUAGUAUAUUUAUUUAAGAUGAUUCUCGUAGCUUUAUUUUGUAAUAUUUGUAAUUUUGAAAAUACAGUUUCAUUUGCAGUGUACAAAAUAGUCGAACAAUAUAACAAAUGAGGAAGAAUGAUAGUGUUGCACACAAUUUUUUUAGAAUAAACGGUUAGUCUAUGCGAAAUUCUAUAAAAGUAACUUAUUUUCUUGGAUAUUUUUGAAAUAAUAUAUUCAUAGUGCCCUUCAAAUUUUAAUUUACUGUCUACGUAUAUGCGCAAAUAUUUAAAUGAUUCGAUUGACACAAUUUUUUCAUGAUUGAUUGUAAGAUUUAUCGUAUUUUGAUCAAAAGAUUUUUCUAUUAGCAUAUAUUUUGUUUUCUUUGUGUUUAGUUUAAGUUUAUUUACAUUUAACCAAUUUAUUACGUUUGUCAUAUCAUUAUUUAACAGCUCUAUUGAAGUUUCAAUGUCUUUAUUUUAUAUAGGUAUAUUAAUGUAUCAUCAGCAGUUGCAUUUUGCAGUGUUGUAAAAUAUCAGGAAUAUCGUUAAUAUAUAAAAUAAAUAGUAAUGGACCUUUUGCUACCCUGCGGCACACCUACCGAAAUGUUUUCAAUGUUUGAUAAUGUAUUGCCGAUUUUAGUUCUUUGACUUCUAUUGAUUACAUAAUGUUGUAAUAAGUUUAAUACUGAACCUUGAAAUCCAUAGCAAUGCAAUUUCAUUAACAAUUUCUCCCUGUCAAAUGCUCUCUUGAAAUCUAAGAAUAAUGUUACUGUAAACUUUUUUUCAUCCAUAUUUCGCCUCCAUUCUUCUACUACCAUUUGAAUUGCUGUUUCAGUAGAAUACUUUUUUCUGAAUCUUGCUUGAAAUUUUGUCAAUAUUUUAUUUUCUUCAAUAUAUUCAAUGUCUUGUUCAUAUAUGAUUCCUUCUAAGAGCUUCUCGACAUUUGGCAGUACAUUAAUUGGCCGCAUGUUUGUAUAUAACUCAGAAUUCUGCACUUUUGGAACAGGAGUAAUUAUAAAACAUUUUAACUUUGAAGGAAAUUCGCCAUACACUAAACAGUGAUUCACUAACAAUAAUAACUUAUCUCCAAUAAUGUUGAAACAUUCAUUCAUAACCAUUUUUGAAAGAUGUUCAUUAGGAUUUCUAUUCGAUUUAAAUCUUGUAAUAGCUUUUGAAAGAUGGCUUAUAUUUAUUGUUUGGAAUUGUCUUGGACACACCUUUUUCUAUUCUUGUUUAUAAGAUGUGAAUAUUUUUCGGUUUUAUUCCUGAAGUUGAAACCUUAUCAUCUAGCAUUUUAAUUUAAUAUUUGAUUAUUGAAAACAGAUGAGCUUUGCUUUCCUUAUUGCUUCUCCGGUAAUGAGGUAAUGACGCUUGAUGUAUCAGUCUGUACCUCUUGUACGCACAAAAACCAAUACAGGGAAUGCGGAUUAAAUGAUGUGCGUAUAUAAUUAUAGACAACCCAAAUCUUUGUCCUUCGUGUGCCCGACUGCUUAAGUGUAUAAGAUAGGUAUGGGACAUGAAACCACAUAGACUACGACUAAUAAUUCAUUUUUUCAGCAUUAUUUUUGGUUGUAUCUCUUUUUCGAAAAAAUGAAAAUAUCCGAAUUAUUUAAAAAAAAAUCGUUUUCAAUAUUUCUGUAAACAAGGUCUCAUUUCGGUAGAAAUACCGAAAAAUCGGUAGGUUCGGCAACACUGAUAGUAACUUAGUAUGUAUAUAUGAUUUAUAUAGUAUUGUCAUUCGGUGAGUUUACAUGGAUCUCCAAACCGGCUUAACUCAAAUCGAGUUAAACGAAUCUGUAUGAUUAAUAUCAGUUUAACAGCUAACCUCAAAGUAAUGUAUAGCCUAAGGUACGAUUCCACCAAAGUCGUCUUCAAGCUAUGGUGAAAGCAUACUUUUUAAGUGUUAAUCGGGCAAAAAAUUGCCUUUCAGAGUAAAAAGGUUAUACCCUAUGAUCAAAAAGUAUCGGGAAUUUAUGAAUAAAACAAAAACGGCUUAAUUUUCAAUCAAAUUUAGUUUAUCGUCUUCAAAAUAACAUCCACCUGAAGCAACACACAUGUACUAGCGUUUCAUCCACUGCUCCAUGCACCGCUGGUAGGCCGCCUAAGGUAUGGCCUUUAGCUUUCUCGUCGCGUUCUGCUUGAUGUCAUCUAUGGACUGAAAUAUCUUUCGCCGAAGUAGUAAUUUGAGUUUUGAGAAGAGAAAAAAGUCGCACGGGGAGAUAUCAGGUGAAUACGGUGCUUGUUCAAUGGCAUUUACUUGAGAUGUUUGGUCAAAUAAUCAAGCACAACUCUGGCCCGAUGCGACGGCGCGUUAUCAUCGUGCAAAAUCCACGAAUUAUCUUCCCACAAUUCUGGCCAUUUACGACAUAUAGUAUCCCUGAAAUGCUUCAGAAUGGACAAGUAAUAUUCUAUUCACUGUCUGGUCCGGUGGUAGAUACUCCUUGUUAAUCAAAGAAAAUAGUCAAUACAGCCUUCACUAUUGAGCGGCUUUCGCAUCACCAGUAAUUAGGCGUCUCAUGAAGGUCGGAUCAUUAUUCGCUUCAUAAAUAUUGACGCAAAAAUAUUGACACGAAUGUCAGUUCUGGUGGUACCAACAAAAAAAAUCAUAAAUCACCGGUUCUUCCAUGCGCAGUUUACUGAAAUUAAAAAUUCCGGGUACUUUUUGAUCAUGAAAUAGGUGUUACAAUUGCACCUCAUAUAGGAACGUUCUUUCAUGCGGGAAAAAGGAAUCAUCAUGGAUGUAAUUGUUAAUUAAUAAUUCCAGACGUAUUAAUCGAAAAGACUCUUGGCACGUGUAAAUUCGAACGAAAAUCAAAUAUUCAGGAAAAAAAACUAAAGGAGCUCACUAUUUUGACAGGAAACGUCCGUGUAUGGGCUGUGGAUGUCCAUAUUUACGCUGUAACCAUAGUCAAGACACAAAGCAUCAAUAAUUCAUGUUUUUCGUGUGAUCUAUGUGGCAAAAAUGGAAUAAAAAUCGAUAGCUUCAACCUUGUCAGUGUUGCUGAUUAUUGGUUUAUAAUAAUCUAUCGAUGCUUACCCAGAUUUUAUGAUCGCGCUUUUUGUUCAAAUUUACUUUUGCCCAGAUUUACGUGUUUUCAUCGUGGGGAUAUUUCUCAUUUGCAGUCUACCAAACAUGUUAUUCACAAAGUUUGUUGAAUAUUUUCUAAUGUGCAACAUGUUGUGGAAAAAUAAAUGAGUAUGCAACAUUAAUAAAACUUUGUUUUGUCAAUCAGCUCAUUAUAAAUAUAGCAGUUUCUGAAUAUCUUCAGGCAGUUUUUGGCAUUUCCACUUUUAGAAGCUUUAUUGAACUGAUAGAUAAGUUUACUUUAUUAAAUAACGUGGUUUUUAGCUAUAUUCUAAUUCAAAGGGUAAAACACCAAUUUUAUAAACAAUAAUUAAAUGGGAACAGUACUUAUGCAAUGUACAUUCGUAAUAUUAAAAAGUACGCCUGCCAACAAUCACGACCUUUUGCUAUCACAUUUACGCACAAAUUUCAACAGAGGUGUGGACACAUUAGAUUUUUGUGCUCAGUGUAUGCUGAUGGAUCUGUCCAAUAUCCUUGAGUGUAAUAUGUACACAUAUGAAAAGACUCCUUAGCCUGUUCCGGACAUCAUAAGGCUUUUAGUUUUUCAAAUCUACUCAUUUUUGCAAAAAAAUAGUCAAUUAGGGUCAACAUAUCAAUAGAAUAAAACUACUGAACAUCAUGAAAUUCUAGUUUCACAAAAAAGUUCCACAAGGUGAUUUACAAUUUUCAUGACGACCGAAUUUCUUCCUUGUACACAUACCGCUUACAAUCUACUGAUUAUUUACUAAAGAUACCAUUGAAGUGUUGUCAAAUGCACUAUUCAUUAAAUCACAAGACACCAACGGCCAUGUUUAGAGUUAGCCAAGCGCGCUGUAGACAGGCACAGAACGACAUAAACGCACGAAACAGCAUGGCAAUUGGAGCAAAUUGAUAAUUUUUAUGCUAGAGAAAAUACGAGAGUGAAAUCUCAGCCAACCAGACAAAUGUAGGAAGUAAAAUAUGAUUGGAUCUAGCUGCUAUCAUCAUAUUCCAACUAUUACCUAAGAUGCAUAUGUGACGGACACAAAUAUUUACACCAAUACCGAACACAGUUGGGGUUUCUAGCAGUUUUCUGGAAUUAUUAAAAAUAUAUUCAGAAUAUCAGUACCAUCGCAACAUGCGGUAACGCUGGAACGAAUAAAAACAGCGUUAUUUGAGAGUGGCGUAGAAUAGCACCUCCUCGUUCCACGACGAUUCAUGGGGGGCCAGUUAAGCCAUAGCUAACGAAGUGCUUGUAUAGCGCAUAGUACACGGUAUAACUGGGCACAGAGCAGCAUGAACGCAGGAAACAUCAACAACAAGAUUUAUUGGUGCUUUGUGGCUUACAAAUAAUGAUCAUAGCUUGAGAAAUUCACUUCACUUCCUGUACCAAGUAAAUAUACCCUAUUUCACGAGUAUCCAUCACGGUAGAAUGACAGCUGAUUAUCUAGUAAUAUCUCAAAAUUCCCCAUUUCGGCACAGGGCACAUAACUCUGACGAUCAGUCAUUUCAAUCCGUAUUUUGUUUUUUUUUUCGUCGCUAUAGAUUCAUUUUGUACUUGUUAACAGUUCUUUUAGUUAGAAAAGUUGAUUUGCAUACAAAAAACAAAACGCUAAAAACAAGUUUUACUAGAUUUACACCCUAUUAUUUAUUGCCAACGUCGCAGACUAACACAAAAAUGUCACUUCCUGUCAGCUGUUCACCUCAGUAGUCGUCAAUGCGUAAUGGAUACUCCUGAAAUAGGGUAUACGUAUACAGCUACAUAAAAUGCACCAAAUCAUUUUCUCUUCCUAUGACGUAUCUUUGUUAAAGAUCUACGAUGUAAACAUGGCCGCUGUUAUUCUAUGAUUAUGUGUAUAUUUGGUUUUGUUAAACCGAUUUGCAGUAAACCUGGUUAAGAAAAACGUGUAAACUCACUGUUCAAGAAAAACAUAUGGUGAUGUUUGAUCACCCCACAAAGCAACUAGAACCCAGAAAACUGGUUCAGUUUACCCUGUGAUGUAUAGACUGAGAGAUAAGCCGGUAUCUGUCUCUAUAAUAUUAUCUGAUAGUGUUAAAUCUCAUUUACAGAUUUUAAAACAUGUGUACAGUACGUUUUGUUUUAUGUUUGUUUAGGUUUUUAUUUGUAAUGAUUUAAAAC